AAUGAAUUAAUCAGAAACUUGCUAUGAUUCCGAUUUAUUUGUUAAUUAAUAAUUGACAGGUUUAACAUGUCCAAUAGGUUUAGGAGUUCUUAGAAAUCCUGUUUUUGAUUAAUGUGGACAUGUUUAUUGUCAUGGAUGUAUAUUUGAUUGGUUAAAAAAAUAAAAACUUUGUCCCAUAAACAAAUAGCCAUUAAAUGAAAAUUAAUUAAUUAAAGCUAUCCCUAUUAAAAAUAUGGUAGAUGAAUUGGAAUUAAAAUAAUGUUUAUUAAAAUGUAAUUGGAAAGGAACUUUAGAAAACUAUUAUACACAUGAUGAAAAAGAAUGCCCAGAAAAAUUGCUAUAUUGUGUGAAUAAAGAUUGCAAUCUAUAAAUUAAAAGGGCAUCUUUUAAAUAACAUAUAGAAAAUGAAUGUUAGUAUUAAUCAAUUAAUUGUGAAAAUUGCUAAUUAAAUUAUAUUAAAUUACAUCAGAAUCAACAUAAAUAAAUUUGUGAAGGAAGAUUAAUUUAAUGUGAGGAUUGCUAAUAAGAAAUUAAAUUUAUUAAUUACCAAAAUCAUUAAACUUUAUGUCCUUAAAAGUAUAUAAAAAAAUUUAUUUAGAAAAAUUAAAUGUCCUAUUGAAGGAUGUGAUGAGAAAAUAAAACAAACUGAUUUAGAGGUACACAUAUCAACUUCAAAGCAUAUCUUAAUACUUUAAUAAUAAAUCAAAUAAUUAAAAGAAGAAUUAAUAAUAUCAAAUUCUAAAUAACAGAAUCAAAAAAUACCAUAUUUAGAUGGUUGGAGAUUGACUUUCUCUAAAAAGACAGAUAGUAGAGAAUGGCUGUCAAUUAAUACCAUAGAAUAAAUUAAAGGACCUUUUUGCUUACAUUUUGAAGCAAUAAAUAUUAACAAAAGACCUAAUUAAUGGAGAGCAGUUAUUGGAGUUUCUAAAGAUAAGUUAAAAAAUAAUCAUUUAUGGUAUAGAUAAAAAAAUGUAAUGAAAUUAAUAUUUAUAUUAUUAAGUCUUAUGUUUGGAUAUUUGGAGGUUUUAAGUGCAGUAAUUAAGCAGAAAUUUAUGGUAGUGAAGUAUAGCAAGAAAGCUUUUAGGGAAAAAUGACUUUAAAUCAAUAAGGAGAACUUUCUUUUGAAUAUUCAGGUAUAAAUUUAGGAGUUGCAUUUUUAUUACCAAAAGAAGCUUAUAUAGAUGGUAUACAUUUGAUCAUUUCUUUUGUUAAUUAAGGAAAAAUAAGAUUGUUAUAAUUAGAACAUUUGGUCUGA